CAUUAGUGGUAAGACGCUCCCAGCAUCCAGGUUUGCCAAAUCCAGUGUGCCAAAUCCAGUGUGGCACACAGGAAGGCGUCCGGUGGUCAGUGGAGAACUGGACAUUUUCAGGACGUUUUGUGGAGACUAAUAAGACAACACACAGCAUCGUCUCUUGUUGACUCGUCACUCUCCUUCCCCUCUUCCCCCAGUAAGACUCGGAUUCCCACGUUGCAACAAUGGUGGUCAUGAAGAUGAAGUUCCCCUUCCAAAAACGAGUGAAGCUGGCCCAGGGACUGUGGCUCCUCUCCUGGUGUGCCACGGUCGCCGGGGCCACGACCUUCACCCUGGGGUGCCUCCUAAAAACGGAGCUCCGCAGGAGAGCAGAGGUAAUGGAUAACACAGACAUACAUAUUGUGCCCAACACCCUCAUGAUCGUUGGCCUGGCUUCCUUGGGCAUCAACUACUUUGCAUCAAAGAUCUGUCAGGAUGCCUUGGACGCAGGGCGAUUCCCUCGCUGGAAGAACUUCCUGAAGCCCUACUUCGCUGUCUCUUGCUUCUUCACCGUGCUCAUGCUGCUAGCCGUCAUCAUGAGCUACGCGAUGAAGGGCAGUCUGGAGUCCUCUCUGAAGCUUGGCCUGAGGAACGGCAUCCGCUUCUACAAGGACACGGACACCCCCGGACGCUGCUUCCAGAAGCAGAACAUCGACCGCCUGCAGAUGGAGUUCCAGUGCUGUGGAAAUAAUGAUUUCAGAGACUGGUUUGAGGUCCAGUGGAUCAGCAACCGCUACCUUGAUUUCAGCUCCAAGGAAGUGAAAGAUCGCAUCAAGAGCAAUGUAGACGGACGUUACCUGGUGGAUGGAGUCCCAUUCAGUUGCUGUAACCCCAGGUCUCCACGACCAUGCAUCCAGUAUCGCCUGACCAACAACUCAGCUCACUACAACUACGACUACCAAACUGAGGAGCUCAACAUCUACCUUAGAGGCUGCAGAGAGGCCCUGGUCAACUACUACAUGGGGUUGAUGAACACCAUUGGGGCUGGAGUGUUGUCAGUCUUCCUCCUACAGGCCUCUGUGUUGGUGAGCUUGCGCUUCUUGCAGACUGCCAUGGAAGCAGUUGCAGGGAAGGAGAACACAGAGAUCGAGACAGAAGGGUACUUGCUGGAGAAUGGAGUGAAGGAAACCAUGAUGGAGUACCUGAACCCCGUGCUCACGUUCCUCUUGCUUAAAAACCAGGUGCAGGAAGGCGAAGAGACAACCCCUGGCCCUGCAUCCACCUAAACCGCACACCAUAUAAACACAUGUAAAUAAUUUUUACAGAGAUAUGUGAUAAUUUAUUUCAAUUUAAAAAAGAGGCAUUUAAAUAACAAAUUUCUAUGAAUUUCACAACAUUAGACAUAGUAUUUUUUUAUUGUCAGUUGACGAUGCCAGUUGUGAUUAUUCAGAAUGGUUUUCCAAUUAAAAUUCCACCUUGGGAUUUUUAUUACAAAUAAAGGAAGGACAAAAGUUACAAUAAACAGAACAUUUAAAGAAUUUUCUGGAAAUAACAUUCUCAAAUUAAAGUACCACUUUAAAACUUCUUCCUAUUUUUCCUGUUACUAACUAUACAUUAAUGGUAAUCUAUUAUUGUUGUACUGUAUGCGGUUAUUUCUUUCGAAAGUGAUCUGCACUACUAUUUGCGUUCAUACAACCCUUGUUUCUUGUCAAAAGCAAUAAAGCAGGCACACUUCAACCAGUGAUAAAGCAGUAUUUGAUGAGGCAGUGUACACAUAUGAUAUUUGGUCUUAUGAAAACAAAGAUGUAAAGCUGACUGUAGAGAGACAUGAGGCACAAUGCUCCGCUGCGUAACAGGACUAUGACAUAAUUUAACAGAUGACUUAUUAAAGUUUGAAGUUACUAAAUGCCUUA